ACGGAGAGCAGCCUGAACGAAGCCCGGCCGAUAAAAACCGAGCCGUCAUGUUUCUGUCCCUCCCUCUCCGCCUCAGUACGCCGGCCAGGCUGCAGCUUCAGUCAGACUCCUCGGAACCAAACUACACUGAACAGCCAUGUCUGAGAAACUGCCCUACAAAGUUGCUGACAUCAGCCUGGCGGAGUGGGGGCGGAAGGCCAUCGCCAUCGCAGAGAACGAGAUGCCAGGCCUGAUGAAGAUGAGGGAGCUGUACGGCCAGUCCAAGCCGCUGAAAGGCGCACGCAUCGCCGGCUGCCUGCACAUGACGCUGCAGACCGCCGUGCUCAUCGAGACCCUGACGGCCCUCGGAGCCGAGGUUCAGUGGUCCAGCUGCAACAUCUUCUCCACCCAGGACCACGCCGCCGCUGCCAUCGCCAAAACCGGCGUUCCAGUUUACGCCUGGAAGGGCGAGACGGACGAGGAGUACGUGUGGUGCAUCGAGCAGACGCUGUACUUCAGAGACGGAGCGCCGCUCAACAUGAUCCUGGACGACGGCGGAGACCUCACCAACCUGGUGCACCAGAAGUACCCCAAGCUGCUGCCAGGUAUCCGCGGCGUGUCGGAGGAGACCACCACAGGCGUUCAUAACCUCUACAAGAUGUUGAAAAAAGGCGACCUGAAGAUGCCAGCCAUUAACGUCAACGACUCCGUCACCAAGAGUAAGUUCGACAACCUGUACGGCUGCAGGGAGAGUCUGAUCGAUGGCAUCAAGCGAGCCACCGACGUCAUGAUUGCCGGGAAGGUCGCCGUGGUAGCGGGCUACGGCGACGUCGGCAAAGGCUGCGUCCAGGCGCUGCGGGCCUUCGGCGCCCGCGUCAUCGUCACGGAGAUCGACCCCAUCAACGCCCUGCAGGCCGCCAUGGAGGGGUACGAGGUGACAACUAUGGAUGAAGCCUGCAAGGAGGGAAACAUCUUCGUAACCACGACCGGCUGUGAGGACAUCAUCCUGGCGCGGUGAGCUCCUGGAUAUUAAAACUG